AGGCAGUCAGUUGCGAUCGCGGCGCGAGCGCGUUAAGUACUAGAAGUCCGAGAAGAGGAAUAGUCGGUUUUCGACAAACGGGUGGAAAAUUUUUCCAUGUUGACGGUGGUUGAAACGCAAAAGAGCUGAAGGGGCCGCUAAUAACGCCCUUUGCAAUAGUGGUUCAAGAAUAUAAACAAAAAGCACUUUUUAAACACAUUGAAAUAUUGUAAUAUACUAUAAUAUAAUUGCGGUUUGACGGAUUGAAGUGCAGCGUACGACUGCAAACUGCAGUUUGAAUACAAAUUCGAAUAAACAUAUAAUACACUGUUCUUGGUUAACAACCCAUUGUCAAAAUGGUUUCGAACGAAAAUAAAAAUCUAUUGAAUGAUAACAGAUUGGGCGUCAGCGGAAAUGGAGGCACUGGACAGCCGAAAGCCCAAAUUGUGCCCGCUCAGCCAAAGACUCUGCAACAUUUACCCAAGCGACCAGCUGUGGAUUUGGCAUUCCAUAAUUUGACUUAUCGUGUCAAGGAGGGCAGCCGAAGCACUGCCAAAACCAUUUUGAAGGGUGUCAGCGGGCGCUUGCGGUCAGGAGAGCUCACAGCCAUCAUGGGUCCAUCAGGUGCUGGCAAGAGCACAUUACUGAACAUUUUGUCGGGCUACAAAACAACAAAUAUCGAGGGCAGCGUUACCAUGAAUGGCUCAGAGCGCAAUCUGAGCACAUUCCGUAAACUGUCUGCCUACAUAAUGCAGGAUAAUCAACUUCACGGCAACUUAACUGUUCAGGAAGCGAUGACAGUGGCAACAAAUUUGAAGCUGAGCAAAAAGUUCACAAAACUGGAAAAGAAUUCAAUGAUUGAUGACAUUCUUUUGACUCUUAGCUUGAGUGAACAUCGCAAUACGAUGACGCGCAACUUGUCGGGAGGACAAAAAAAACGUUUAUCGAUCGCACUUGAGCUGGUGAGCAAUCCGCCAAUCAUGUUUUUUGAUGAGCCCACUUCGGGACUGGAUAGCUCGACAUGCUUCCAAUGCAUACAUCUGUUGAAAAUGUUGGCUGCCGGUGGACGUACUGUCAUCUGUACUAUCCAUCAGCCAUCCGCCCGACUCUUCGAGAUGUUUGAUCAGCUUUACACCCUGGCCGAUGGACAGUGCGUGUAUCAAGGCAGCACUAAGCAGCUAGUACCUUUUCUAUCGACUCUGAAUUUGGAGUGCCCGAGCUAUCACAACCCAGCUAGCUAUGUGAUCGAGGUCUCGUGCGGAGAGCAUGGCGAUCACACACGCAAGCUAGUCGAUGCUAUCGACAAUGGCAAGCGGGACAUUCGCUCUGCGGCUGACUAUGCCACACUCAAGGCACGCAACGAUCUGGUGAAAGUCCAAAAUUUGAAAGCGAUUUUGGACAAAAACGAUGUGUCUACCGUCAAUGGUAGCAAAUACGAGGAGAACCUGACUUUGAACAACGGCUUGCUAAAUGGCAUGGUUAACGAUAUUGUAAAGGAGACGAACAAUUUGGGAUCACAAGCCGUGGUGUCCACCAACGAGAAGGGCGACGCCAUGAUUGAUGUAGAGAAGACAGACAAUUGUACCACCGCUCUGCUCUCUGAAGAAAUUAUGUCGCCGGAACGUUACCCAACCUCACAGUUUCAUCAGUUUUGGGUCGUACUUAAGAGAACUCUUCUCUUUAGUUACCGCGAUUGGACUUUGAUGUACUUGCGUUUGUUCGCCCAUCUCCUUGUUGGCUUCCUCAUCGGAGCUCUUUACUACGACAUAGGUAACGAUGGCGCUAAGGUGCUCAGCAAUUUGGGCUUUCUGUUCUUCAACAUGCUGUUCUUGAUGUACACAUCUAUGACCAUAACCAUCUUGUCAUUCCCUCUUGAAAUGCCGGUGCUGCUAAAGGAGAACUUUAAUCGCUGGUAUUCCCUAAAGUCUUACUAUUUGGCUAUAUCAGUUGCGGAUCUACCAUUCCAGGCCAUUUUCUGUGUCAUCUACGUAUCUAUAGUAUACUUCUAUACGUCACAGCCAUGGGAGCUUUUCCGUUUCACUAUGUUCUUAUCGGCUUGCCUUUUGAUUUCUUUCGUGGCUCAAUCUGUUGGCCUGGUCGUUGGCGCUGCUAUGAAUGUUCAAAACGGUGUUUUCCUCGCACCUGUUAUGUCGGUACCAUUCCUGCUCUUCUCUGGAUUCUUCGUAUCCUUCGACGCGAUUCCAGUUUACUUACGCUGGAUCACGUAUCUAUCAUACAUCCGCUACGGUUUCGAGGGUACCGCACUGGCCACCUAUGGCUACGGCCGUGAGAAACUGAAAUGCUUCCAAACAUACUGUCAUUUCAAGUCGCCCACAACUACAUUGGAGGAACUGGACAUGGUCAACGCGAAUUUCACACUUGAUAUCGCAGCGCUUGUUGCAAUUUUUGUAGUGCUGCGGGUUUCAGCAUAUCUCUUCCUGCGCUGGAAGCUUAAAACUACACGCUAACUUAAAUUUAUAAUAUAUUAUUGUUUUUAUUUUGGGUUACAAAGCUUUCUGUAUGUACAUGCAUCCCUAUGUAUCUUAUAAUAUUUCAACCUUUGUUUUAGAUCCCAAAACGAUUUAUAAUUGUGUAUAGUAAUUUCAUUUAUAGUUAUAUUCCUAACGUUUCUUAGAAUAAGUGUGAUAGGACCAAUAAUAAAGGUUUCACUGUGAUCUGUAUUUCAGCUCCAGAUAUUACAUAAAACUUGUAAAACUUUAGAAAAACAAAAUGAUCAAAUGUAUAACAAAUAAGCAACCCAA